GUGGUGCUGGAUGUGAGCGGCAUGAAGUGCGGCGGAUGCAGCGCCGCCGUGAAGCGCAUCCUGCUGCAGCAGCCGCACGUGCAGGGCGCGGCAGUCAACCUGCUGACCGAGACGGCGGUGGUGAGGGUGGCGGCGCCGCACGCGGGCAGCCCGGAGGCGGCCGCGGCAGCGGCAGCCCAGGCGCUGACAGCCAAGGGCUUCCCCAGCGUGCUGCGCAGCAUGGAUGACAGCGGGGUGGCGGGGGCCGCCGCCGCGCUCAGCGAGCGCAAGGAGCAGGAGCUGAACAAGAGCACCCGCAACCUGGCGUUUGCAUGGGGCCUGGCGCUGGUGUGCUGCACCCACCACCUCGGCCACUUCCUGCACGCCCUCGGCAUGCACCAGUACGCGCACACAGAGUUCAUGAUGGCUCUGGGCAACCCGUGGGUGAGCGGCGUGCUGGGCAGCGCAGCGCUGCUGGGCCCGGGGCGCCCCCUGCUGGUGGACGGAGCGCUGUCGCUGUUCCGCGGCGCCCCCAACAUGAACUCCCUCAUCGCCCUGGGCGCCAGCACCUCGUUUGCGGCGGGCGCCGCCUCCGCCCUGGUCCCCGGCUUUGCGCUGGACCCCUCGUUCCUGGAGGAGCCGGUGAUGCUGCUGGCCUUUGUGCUGCUGGGGCGCAGCCUGGAGGCGCGCGCACGCGCUGCCGCCUCUGCCGACCUCACAGCCCUGGCGCGCCUCAUCCCCGAUGCCGCCCGACUGGUGCUGGACCCGGGCGCGCCCCCACGCGCGGCGGCGGCGGCUGCGGCUGCGGCAGCAGGCGGCAGCGGCAGCAGCAGCGGGGCUGAGGAGGUGAUGGUGCCCACCAGCACUGUGCGGGCUGGGGACGUGGUGCGGGUGCUGCCCGGAGAGCGCGUGCCCGUGGAUGGGCUGGUGCUCAGCGGCAAGGCCUCGGUGGAUGAGAGCAUGCUGACGGGCGAGGCGCGGCUGGUGGGCGUGGGCGAGGGCAGCUGCGUGACGGGCGGCACGCUGGCGUAUGAGGCGCCGCUCACGCUGCGCGCCACCUCCACCGGCUCCGCCUCCACCCUGGCAGGCAUCGGCAGCAGGCUGGUGGCGGACGCUCAGUCGCGCGAGGCGCCUGUGCAGCGGCUGGCGGACGUGGUGGCGGGGCGGUUCUGCUACGGCGUUAUGGCCGCCUCCGCCGCCACCUUUGGCUUCUGGUCGCUGGCGGGCGCGCAGUGGUUCCCGCAGGCCCUAGGCGCGGUGGAGGCGGCGGGCGCGCAGGCGCCGCUGCUGCUCAGCUUGAAGCUGGCGAUCGACGUGCUGGUGGUGGCCUGCCCCUGCGCUCUGGGCCUGGCCACGCCCACCGCCGUGCUGGUGGCGUCGUCGGCGGGGGCGCGGCGCGGCCUGCUGCUGCGGGGCGGGGACGUGAUAGAGGGGCUGGCGCAGGUGGAUACAGUGGUGCUGGACAAGACGGGGACGCUGACAGAGGGCCGGCUGCAGCUGGCGGCUGUGGAGCCGGAGCCUGGGUGCAGCGGCGACGAGCUGCUGCUGCUGGCGGCGGCUGCGGAGCGCAACACGCGGCACCCGCUGGCGGAUGCGCUGGUGGCGGCGGCAGAGGCCAAGGGCCUGGAUGUGCCUCUGGCCAGCAGCUCACAGACGGAGCCGGGCGACGGCGUGUGGGCGGUGGUGGGCGACCGACAGGUGGCGGUGGGGCGCAGAGAGUGGGUGGCGCAGCGCUGCGCAGCGGCGGGCCCGGCGCCCACGGCAAUGACGACAAGCGGCUCCAGCGGCGCCAGCGGCAGCGGCGCCAGCGGCAGCAGCGGCAGCGGCGACACGGAAGUGUGGGUGGGGUGGGCGGGGCGCGGCCUGGCGGGGCGCCUGCUCCUCAGCGACGCGCUGCGCCCAGAUGCGGCACGGGUGGUGGGCGCGCUGCGGGCUCGCGGCCUGCGCGUGCUGCUGCUCUCAGGCGAUCGCCAGGAGGCGGUGCAGGCCAUGGCGGCGGCCGCAGGCAUCGACGCGGCAGACACCUACGCCGGCGUGCGUCCCGAGGGCAAGGCGGCGCUGGUGCAGCGGCUGCGGGCGGAGGGGCGGCGUGUGGCCAUGUGCGGCGACGGCGUGAAUGACGCCCCUGCCCUGGCCAGCGCCGACGUGGGCAUCGCCAUGGGCGGCGGCACGGCGGUGGCGGGCGAUGCUGCCGGGGUGGUGCUGCUGGGGGACCGGCUGGGGCAGGUGGAGGAGGCGCUGGGUCUGGGGCGCGCCACGCUGGCCAAGAUCCGCCAGAACCUGGCCUGGGCAGUCGCAUACAACUUUGUGGGCGUGCCCGUGGCGGCAGGCGCCCUGCUGCCCGCCUAUGGCGUCGCGCUGAGCCCCUCCCUGGCCGCCGGCGCCAUGGCCCUCAGCUCCAUCGCCGUCGUCACCAACAGCAUCAGCCUGCGG